AUCAAAAAAGCUGACGAUAUCUUUGAUUCCCGCGCAGCUUAAAAUAAUGGUGUGUAACUGUGACAUGCUGCUUUGUUCACGGCAUUGCUUCGAAAACAUUAUCCGUCAAGCGAACUGAAGUAUUUCAGCUACUUUUAUAUUUAGUUUAAUUUCCUUACGGGUCCUUUAAGACUUGAGUAAACAGGUUUGGCAGGUGUAUCGGAAGUGUACAUUAUCGCCUUGAACUCCUCUUACCUGCACCAGGUGAGACUGCAUAAAAGCCAACUUGAAACUUCGAGAAGUCUCCGGUUCUGGCGAAUAAAGACCGUUUUUGAUAAAAUGAAUAACCCUAUUCCUUCUAACCUGAAGUCUGAGGCCAAGAAGGCCGCCAAGAUUCUUAGAGAGUUCACAGAAAUAUCCAACAGAAUGGGGCCUGACAAACUUAUUCCAGCCCAUGUCAUUGCCAAGGCUCAGGGACUGGCCAUCUUGUCAGUCUUUAAAGCGGGUUUCAUGAUCACUGCGAGGGGAGGCAGUGGGAUAGUGAUUGCAAGACUCGCUGAUGGAAGAUGGUCUGCUCCUUCAGCCAUUGGCAUUGCUGGACUCGGUGGAGGAUUUGAAAUUGGUCUGGAGGCAUCAGAUUUUGUCAUCAUCCUGAAUCAGAGGAGAUCUGUAGAUGCUUUUAGUAAAGGGGGCAAUCUUACACUCGGAGGAAACUUCACUGUGGCUGUUGGGCCUCUUGGCAGGAAUUUGGAGGCAGACGUGGCGUUUCGCAGUACAGCAGCUGUCUACUCGUACUGCAAAUCUCGUGGCCUUUAUGCUGGUGUGUCUCUCGUCGGUUCUUACCUCAUCGAACGCAAAGAAACCAACCGAAAGUUUUAUGGCCAAGACAUUCGUGCUUCUGCUAUUCUCAAUGGAGAUGUGGAACCCCCACCAGAAGCAUUUGAUUUGUACAACAUUUUGCAAGACUACACUGAGAAAUAUACCACCGACUGGCAGAACAAACACAUGCAAGCCUCAAGCAAGAUGAGUUCAGCACCAGUCAGACCAAGACCUCCCACACAGAGAUCUGCCUCCUCCUACACACCCAAGGCGCAGGCUUCUGCAGCUGUGAAGCCAGCUCUGUAUCCAAACUUAGACAACUGGGAUACCGAAAGCUCAGGUCAAGCAUCAGGUGGCGCUUUAGUGGUCACAGCCGUGCACCCGUUCACCGGCCAGCAGCCUGGAGAUCUGAGCUUUGUUCCCGGAGACCGCAUCAAUGUUAUCACCAAAACGGACUCCCAGUACGACUGGUGGGAAGGAGAACUAAGAGGGCAGGUUGGGAUCUUUCCAGCUAAUUUUGUGUCCUAUAGCUGAAUUAUGUCUGACGUUGAAGGGUCUUUUUUUUUUUUUUUUUUUUUUGCACAGUUUGAUAUGAUAUUUUAUUAUGAUGGAGUAUAUUUUUAGGAGCACUCGGGGUCAGUGUUCCCCUUGGGGGUUGUAUUAAUGGUUGACAAGGGGCAUGUUUUAAUGUUCCUGGCGUUGGUGAAAUAUUUUCUUUAUUUCAUUUUGGCUGUUCAGUUACUGGUAUGUGGGUCGACUACGACUAAAGGGUUCCCGUUUUGUUUUUAUAGUUGUGCUAUAGUUUAAAAACACACUGGGAUAGUUCUGUUUUAUAUGCAUACACAGAAAGCAAAAAAGUGAUGCUGUGGUCUUUUAAAAGGUUGCUCACAGUGGCACGCGGCUGCUUAUUGUGCCAUUUUUGUUUUCUGAUAAUAACACUGCACAGCUAUUAUUACAAAAUGAGCUUCAUAGUUUAUAACAAGCCUUAUUUAUUGUUUUAUAACUCUAUUGUUUUAUGUUAACUAUAAACUUUUGUUUAAGAUCAUGUCUGUCUUAUUACUUAUUAAUGAAUGAUUGCUUUCGUUGCCGUUUGCACAAAUGUUUAUCAAACAUGAAUUAUUGUUUUCCUACUGGUUUUAAAUGCCAAAGAAUGUAUAUCAUUUCUAAUAAAGAUUAUUUCCUAAUUUUUUAACUUA